GACUCGACGAAGUGAGGGUUUUCGACCCUCCGGACUUCAGAACAAAAUCUCACUUCGAGUGGUCUGCCCUACCACACUUUGGCUCCACCAUGUCCAAAAAUGGGUACUGCCGCAGUGUACCCGAGAUUUCCAGCAACUGGAAGACGGCUCCCCAGUUCGACAUGCAACAGGUGACCGGGGCAGAUGCGACUCCCACGCUGAAGAGACGACAAGUCGACCCAAUCGACUGGGUCGUCGACCCAGGGACAGAUCUGGGUGCCGCAGUGGUGCCGUUGGAGCUCCUUUCG